CUCAAUCGCCACAACUACAGCUCCUGGGUCGACAAUGCUGAAGCCGUCCUCGGUUCUAAGGGUGUUUGGGGCCACGUUGAUGGCACUGACAUCGCUCCUACCCCUCCCAACGCCUCGGCCAUGACCGCGUCCGAAGCGAAGGAGAUGAGGGAGUGUAAUCAGAGGAAGGCGAAUGCUAGUGGGGAGAUUUGGUUGUUGGUUGAGGAGAACCAGAAGGCGCAUAUCAGGAAGGAGAAGGGAGAUCCGAAGGCGAUGUGGGAGAAGUUGGCGAGUCUCUAUGUGCAGAAGAAGACUGGUAUGCGAUUCGACACUUAUUCCGAACUCUUCUCCACUCGUCUCCAAGAGGGAGAGUCCCUCUGCGACCUCGUUGCUCGCGUCGACCUCUACAUCUCCCAUAUCAAAGAGCGCCGCCCUGCCAAGUUCUCCCUUGACGACCUCGACUCCGAAUUAUCGUCCAUGACGCUCAUCAAAGCCUUG